AUGAAAGAAUUGACAGUUGAUGAAGAUAUUGAAAACCCACAACUUAGUAAUUAUGACGAAGAUAUUUAUAAAUAUCUGAGACAAUUGGAGAUUCAAUAUACUAUCAGAGUAAAUUAUUUGAAUAAACAAACGGAAAUUACAGGAGAAGAGAGAGAUGCUUUGAUUGAAUGGUUGGUUGAAGUCUAUCUAGAACUUCAUCUUGAAGAAACUUUAUAUCGUACCGUAGUAAUUAUUGACAGAUUUCUUCAGGAAUUUAAAGAAUUGACAGUUGAUGAAGAUAUUGAAAACCCACAACUUAGUAAUUAUGACGAAGAUAUUUAUAAAUAUCUGAGACAAUUGGAGAUUCAAUAUACUAUCAGAGUAAAUUAUUUGAAUAAACAAACGGAAAUUACAGGAGAAGAGAGAGAUGCUUUGAUUGAAUGGUUGGUUGAAGUCUAUCUAGAACUUCAUCUUGAAGAAACUUUAUAUCGUACCGUAGUAAUUAUUGACAGAUUUCUUCAGGAAUUUAAAGGUUGA